CAGGGUAACAGUAUUGCCAUCCAAUGGACUGGCGACCUGUCCAGGGUGAAAUGUCUCUCUGGAGAUGGGCACCAGAACCUCUCACCUCUCCCUCCGGGGACAAAGAAGAAAAUGGAUGAAAUAGAAACAGACACGUUGGGAAUAGAGGAACAUAAAUAUUUUAAGUAUUUUGGCAUGCAGGUCAACCGCAACACGAUCUGCGCCGCUGCCCUCCUGAACGGCCAAUCAACAAUAAGCGGUUUGACCUACAGUAAACUCUGCUCCUCCUGGCCAAUCAGAGCCCAGGAUUUUGCCACUCCUUCAGUAACUUUCUGAAUCCUCAUACUGUAAUUUAUUGCUAACGUUUUUGUGUUUAAACAGAGCCAACAAAAUAAUAAUAAUGAUAAUAAUAAAUUAAACCAGAUAGUGUAAUAAAGUAAAAGAUUUGAUUCAUAAUUAAUUGUUCUGGAAGGAGAUUGGCGCGUCCGUCAGAGCGGAACGGAAUCGGAUUUGUAUUUGUUUCCACACGGGCGAAUAAUCUCGUUAUAUCAGCGCAGAGGAGAUGGCCGCCCUCCGAACGUAAAUCUGUAAACCCGGAGGAGAGGAGAUGGACAUGACUGUUAUCGCACGUGGGAUCGUUCCCGCGCCGGGAAUCCGACUGCGGGGAAGAUCCCUCACCAGACUUCAUUUGGAAAAGUUUAAGAUAAAGCUUCGUCCUAAAAAUAAAAGCGCUCCAUGCACGACUCGUUCAGACUCUCCCCUUCUCGUUCGGCGCCCUGCGAUUCGCCAGCUCCUUUAAGUCAGAACCAAAGCCGGGGGAGUCCAAAGUGACAAAAUGUUGGCAGCAACACCAUUUAUUUGAUUUCAAAUUGCCACAUUUCUUGCAAGAAUCACAUCAGCUUUUUCUCAAAAGCUCCAGCCACAUUUACUUUAAUGAGUUUAUUAAACUUUAAGCAUUUUUAAAGAAAGAGUGGCCUAAAUCAUGACUUUAUUGCUCAAAAUUAACAAAAUUUUGUUCUAUUUUUCCCACUAGAUGCCAAGAAAGUUUGCUAAAUUUCUUAUGAGGCAAACGUGCAAAACUCUUACAUUUGUAAUAAUUUACACAUCACUUUCCAACAACAAAUCUGACUAUGUCGUUAGUGAAAUAAUUGCAUAUUUAUUUUAUUGUUUCAUUAGUGAAAUAAUUGCAUAUUUAUUUUAUUGUUAUUCUUUGUCCAGUUUCUAGUGCAAAUGUCUUUGUCUACUUGAAAUAAGAAAGAUAAGAAGGGGUUUUAGCGCCGUUGUUGGUAAAAAAUGGGUAAAUUUGUGAGAGAAAACGUAAACAUUUUGAGAUUAAUCUCAGAAAUUUUCUAGAAAACAACUUGGAAAUUUCUGAGUUUGAAAAGUAAAAAAAUUGAAAGAAAAAACCCUCAAAUUUUUUUUUUAGAAAAAAACUGAAAUUUCUGAUUUUCAAAUAAAUUAUUUGACUUGAAACUUUCUGAGAAAAAUCAGUUUUUUCUCGGACAUUUUUCACUUUUGGAGCUCGGAAAUUUGAAUGUUUUUCUCUAGAAUAUUUCUGAAAUUCAUCUCAAAAUCACAGUUUUGUGGCAGAAAUGAACUUUUUUCCUGUCGACAAUGGCUUCAAGACACCGCUGCACAAAACAAACAUGGAAGUAACUUUUCAACAAGAUAUCAUUUUUGAAUCCAAAUAUUCACAAUCAGCUGAAAAGAGUCGAGCUUAUCCAACCACAAAACAGUCAAGCAAAAAAUAAGAUACAUUUUCCCACUUAAAUCUGUUUAAUUUUCUUCUGAAAUAUAAAACCUGGUGUUAACUUGAAGAACAUGGCCUGAUCUCAGUUUGUUGCUGUAGCAGAUUUCAGACAUGAAGUAACUUUUCAACAAGAUUUUGAUUUUAUUUAAAUGACUCCUGAAUACGGAAUCUAACAUGGCAGAUUAUUUCACUUACAUUUCUAAUGUUUUAAAUGAAAAAACAACAAUAUUAAGGAAUUAUUAUCUUAAUACAAGCUCCUUUUUUAUUGAAAAGGUUCAGUCAAUUUUGUCUUAUUUCAAGUGAACUAAGAUAUUUGCAAUAGAAACUGUAUAAAUAUACUAAAACUUUUUGCAGUACAAGAAAAAACAUUUUUUGGCCCUCAAAUCCUUUAACUUGAUGAUUUUGGCCUAUCUGACCAAAUCCUUGGACGUCCCUGUUUCAGACUGGCUCCAUGUUAAUCCUGUAUCUCUAAUGUGUUUGUGUAAAGCAUGCUCUAUCAAUACCCGGCUCAAAAACAAUCACUGUCUUCUUCGUGGCUCCGUCUUUCUGCUCCGCUCUGCUCUCGUCCCGUCCGCCUCCAGGCCGCAGACCUCAACAUCGAACGCAACCCAGAAUGCAAACCCAAGCCCGACCCGUCCACGCUGAUGUUCGGAAAGCAGUUCUCCGACCACAUGCUGACCAUAAGCUGGUCCGAGAAGGAUGGCUGGGACGCGCCGCAGAUCAAACCCUUCCAGAACCUGUCUCUGCACCCGGCCUCCUCCGCCCUGCACUAUUCCAUAGAGCUGUUUGAAGGCAUGAAGGCGUUCCGUGGCGUCGACAACCACAUCCGUCUCUUCAGGCCGAUGCUGAACAUGGAGAGGAUGCAUCGCAGCGCAGAGAGGAGCUGCCUUCCUCUGUUUGAUAAAACCGAGCUGCUGCAGUGCAUCAAGAAGCUGGUGGAGGUGGACCAGGACUGGGUCCCUUUCUCCCAGGAUGCCAGCCUCUACAUCCGACCCACGUUUAUCGGCACCGAGCCGUCUCUCGGUGUUUCUCGAACCGGAAAGGCGCUGAUCUUCGUCAUCGUCGGCCCAGUGGGACCGUACUUCACCACGGGGACCUUCAACCCGGUUUCUCUGCUGGCGGACCCGGCGUACGUCCGAGCUUGGAAAGGAGGAGUCGGGGAGUACAAAAUGGGGGGUAACUACGGGCCGACCAUCGCCGUCCAGACGAAGGCGGUGAAGCAGGGCUGCCAGCAGGUUCUGUGGCUCUACGGCCCGGAUGAGGAGAUCACCGAGGUCGGCACCAUGAACCUCUUCAUCUACUGGACCAACACUAACGGAGAGAGAGAGCUGGUGACUCCUCCUCUGGACGGCAUCAUUCUGCCCGGAGUGACCCGGCAGUCCCUGCUGGACCUGGGCAGAACCUGGGGCGAAUUUAAAGUGACGGAGCGAACGAUGGGGAUGAAGGAGCUGCUCCAAGCUUUGGAUGCUGGAAGAGUUCUGGAGGUUUUUGGAGCCGGGACCGCCUGCGUCGUUUGUCCCGUUGGAAACCUCCUUUAUAAAGGAAAAACUUAUCAGAUCCCUACAAUGCAGAACGGUCCAGAUCUCGCAAAGAGAUUCUACAAAGAGCUCACUGAUAUUCAGUAUGGACGCAAACCAAGCGAAUGGGCGCCGGUGGUGGUUUAGAGUUUUUAUACGACGUGAUUCCAGUUCAAUCAACCAGCUAAUGCUUUCCUCUGCCCCACAUCGACCCUCAAGAGGAAAACGGUUGGAGCUUUGAAUGUAAAGCAUUACCACAUCAAGCACAUAGAUGACAAAAUAGAGACAAAUAUAAAGAUUUGAUGUAAAGUAUUAGAGUUAGGAGUCUAUAUAUAAAGUAUCAAACAUGUGUGUUUAAAAAGCAGCUACAUAUUCAGUGUAGGACUUGGAGGCCAGCCUCUCUGCAGAAUGCACUACUAUUCCACUGUAGAACAUUUUUAACUGUUACACCUGUGAGGACGUCCUGUUGCUGAUCCAAGCCACUGAGCUCUCACGGAGCGGCGCCCUCUGGUGGUGGGAAGCAAAGCCGAGCCCUGCAGGCUGGCUGUUCUCCUGCAUUGGUUUGUGUUUUUAUGAGAACGAUGUAAAUUCCAGAUUGUUUUUAGAGGCUUUUAAAUUAUUGUGUCCUCUUGUUGAUGUGAAAUCUAGCCAGCUGUCUUCCAAGGUAUGAUCUUGCUGUUUCCUUUGUUUUUGAACGACAUGUGUUUGAGCACAGAUUGUCCUCCUGUCUCUUUUCCUUGAAGUGCCUGACCGCCGUCGGUUAGCUUGUUCUUCUCAUAUUCAUUCUCUAUGGGAUGUAGCUGAAAACGAUUCACCUUAGUUUUAUUUUCAACAUGCUGUAACGUUUAUUCGGUUUUUACAAUAAAACUUUAUUGAGGUUUA